UAGUCGUCAUCCUCUCACAAUAGGCAAAAUUGAAGCAUAACAAACCCCUUUCUCCAACCUUCUGGCACACUCACUUGAUCUCUACCCUCACCGACAUACUCAUAGCGUGACCAGCGCCCUCCGCAAUACAUCUCGCUUUGUUGCUUACUUACAAGGCUUUUCCACAUUCACGCUCACCACUCAAAUACAUAUAAAUAACCCACCCAUCAUGGCCCUACCCUCCCAACCUGCCCUGACAGCCACUCAACUCCGGCAUCUGGCGCCCUGCUUGAGUCCUCACGCAUCAAAAGCCCUCAAGCACCGCACUCUUGACCGGGACGACAUCAAGUCCAAUACCAGGCAAGGUACCCUUGAUCGGGAGGCCUGCUACUCUAUAGUGAAGCAAAACCGCAUAGCGCAACUCAAUCUCAACACCCGCGUCAACCAUGUAAACCGACAACGCAAAGCCACGCGGACAAGCCGACAUCGCUUGGCCUUGGACGAUGAAGACGGCAUCGCGCUCGCACGGAGCUCCUGUCCGUUGCCUAGCGAUGGCUGUCAUGCCGCCGUCAAGCCCAAUUUGCAACGUCAGGAAGCUUUCCGUGCGGCGAAUAAGACGCUCCUUCGUUUCUCGGACGUUGUGAUGCAUGAUUGUGAUCUGUAUCGGCUAGGAAUCCUGUACGACGAUGAGCAUGCUCGUGGUUCGGGUUUUGGGCUCCAUGCCCUUGCCGUCAUCCGGACAGAGCCGGUCUAUGUUGUCUGCUCAUCUAAACGGCUGCGGAGGAGUCGGAAUUCCCAACCUAGCAUAGGGAAAGACGAAUCACUACCGCUGGACCUCUCCUUUAUCUCAUUUGGCAGCGACGCUUAUAUUGCGCGGUAUCUUGUAUCUGAACACGCAGAUACUUUUACCAAAUCCCUGGAAUAUGACGAACCCGUGUCAGCAUUAAGGGUCUCGAGACCAUCAACGCCGCUGCAUAUCAACUACGAGCUCCUUCUCGACCAGGACUCUUUGCACUCAUUACACUCAUUACCAACGCCGGCACCCACAGCGACAGAUUUUCCUGAUUUGAUGUUUGAUUCGGAGGGAGAGGAGGAAGAAUACGACGAUAGUAAUUCAUGGGCGGUUAUGCCGCGUUCACAAAGGGGGACUCCAGAUAUCGAUGUUGAUGUUGUGAGGACGCAAGAAGAUGAAAAUGGUGCAAUGUCCGCCGCUGAGGCCUGGAUCGUGCUGGGUGAGACUUGAAGCAGGUUUGCAUAUGGGGUCCCUGAUUGCCCUUGGAUCUCGACCGACUCGUGCUGCAGAGUUUGUGAUGGAUUCUGUGGUAAGACAGACUGGUCCUAUAUAUCCCAGCCCCGGGUUUCGGGGUGUGGGCUUGUGGCGAGAUGAUGAUUAGAUGGAAAAGGAAGCUGUGUGCUCGUGGCUGGAUGACCGCUUAAGCUCGUUGGGUUGUCAAAUCUGCUGUUCUGUAAGACGGGGAGACCCGUGGUGCUAAAUCCCUUGAUGUUCUAAUGGGGAGCAUUCAGCAUUGGAAUUUCUGCUGUAUCGGUUUGUGUGUCGUCGAUAUCCGGGUCAGAGAUCCCCUAUAAUAAUGCAUGACCUUUCUUCUUUUUUUUCAUAUUUUCUUCCUUUUCCUCGGCCUACGGGCGUGUUUCGAUUAUCCCCAUGUCAAGCAUUCACAUAUAUAACAACAGAUAUUAUU